AUGACGCUGCAGAAGAUUGAAGUCAUCAACGCUUCACCCGGCGGCUCGUACGAGUACGGCGACAAGAGCGGAAGCUGGCAGAGCAUCAAGGUCAGCGACAAGAAGGUCCAGGACAAGUUUCCCGCUUCCCUUUCUGCUUCUGUGUCUGCUUCCGCCUCCGCUUCGCCUUCGUCGUCUGCAUCUGCACACAAGAGCGGCACUCAAUCCAGCCACUCGCCGCAAGCCACGGGCGCAGACAAGUCGGACUCCACCAAGGACGGUAACACCCACACGGAUUCUAGCUCUGCUUCUCCCGUUGCCGCCGCCGCACAAGCUACCAGCUCUGCGUCUCCCUCGGCCAAGCCCGAGCAGUCCAACGACGCAGGUGUUGAAAGCGUCCAGUGGAAAUUCACAGCUAUCCUUGUUUCUCUCGCCGCCCUUGUCCUUGCUUAG